CAGUUGUUGACUUUUGGCACAAAAUGCAUAUGCAAUAAUAUAACUAGCACAAUAGAGAAUAAAUAUAUUAUUAUUUGGUUCAAUCAUGAGUAAAGUUAAAGUGUCUGCAGAAUGGAAAAAACGAGUAAAAUCGGAAUAUAUGCGAAUUCGCCAAAUUAAGCGACACAAACGUGCAGAUGAGGUUAAAAUUGCUUGGAAUCAGAAUAGAAAUCGAUCCGUUGAUAUACUGCUGGAAGAAGAAAGAAGAUGGACGUCUAGUCCAGCUGUUUGGAAGGUUGAGGAGCCACAACCAAAUCAUGUAUCUUGCAUGAAAAAGGCAGAAGUAGUCAGUUUGGAUGGCGAAACUCAAUCAACAUUUAUUAGAGUGAUAUCAGCUGUAACACCAAUCCCAACUAUGUACACUUGGGCACCCACACAACAGAAUUUUAUGGUUGAAGAUGAAACUGUUCUCCACAAUAUUCCAUAUAUGGGAGAUGAAGUUUUAGACCAAGAUGGAACUUUCAUUGAAGAAUUGAUCAAAAAUUAUGAUGGAAAAGUACAUGGUGAUAAAGAAGGAGGUUUUAUUGAUGAUUCAAUCUUUGUUGAGUUAGUUCAGGCUUUGAUGACUUAUACAAUUCUGAACAAAGAUGAUUCAAAAGUGGAGUCUGGAAGGGAAUUAAGGCAUUCAAAGGAUUCCAAAGAUAAGAUAAAAUCUACUAAUGUUAUAAUCGAAGAAAAAAAUAAACUUUCUGAUACUUCAAAUGAUGAAUCUAAACCAAAUGACGAAGAACACAAAAAGGAAUCUAAUGAUGAAAUAAGACGAAGCUCUGUCGAAAAUCGAAUAAAAACAGAGGAUGAAGAUGUUGAAAUUAUUGAAAUUGUAGAUGAACCAGAGAAUGAAAUUAAAAAUGAAGAAAAAUCAGUGAAACCAUUUCCAAAUUUUAUGAUAUUUCAAGCAAUCAGCAGUCAGUUUCCUGAUAAAGGAACUGCAGAAGAACUAAAAGAAAAGUAUAUAGAACUAACAGAACAAGUUGACCCAGAUGCAAAUCCUCCUGAAUGUACACCAAACAUUGAUGGGAUUCGGGCUGAAAAUGUUCCGCGAGAGCAAACAUUGCAUUCUUUCCAUACAUUAUUCUGUAGAAGAUGCUUUAAAUACGAUUGUUUUCUUCAUCGAUUACAAGCUUGUCAUCCUGUUCCCAAUUUACAAAAGCGAAAAUUUGCAGAUCUGAAACCUUUUACAGAACCUUGCAGUGAACACUGUUACAUGCUGUUGGAUGGUAUGCGAGAAAAAAUAGAAGCUGAUAUAAAGAUCAAUAGUGACAAGCAAAAAGAACUAGCCAAAGAAAAGCUACCGCAAGACUCAGGCAAUGAAGCUAGUUCAGAAGACAGCAAUGAUAGCAGUCGCUUUAGCAGAGAUUUCCAGAAUGUGAAUGGACAGAAUUUAUCUAAUGAGCAAACUGCAUUAGCACCAUUGCCAAUGUCAAGUUUGCAAGGUCGCACUGAUAUUGAAUGGACUGGGGCAGAUCAAUCACUUUUCCGUAGUUUGCAUAAAGUUCUACUAAAAAAUUAUUGUGCUAUUGCACAAAUAAUGCUGACAAAAACUUGCCAACAGGUUUAUUACUUUUCACAAAAAGAAGCAGAAGAUAUUCCGACUUUGGAAGCUAUUAGAGACUUCACACCACCAAGGAAGAAGAAGAAGAAGCAUAGAUUAUGGUCUGUUCAUUGUCGGAAAAUUCAAUUAAAAAAAGAUUCUUCUUCAAAUCACGUUUAUAACUUUUCACCUUGUGAUCAUCCUAACAAACCGUGUGAUAGUAAUUGUCCUUGUAUUGGAGCUCAGAAUUUCUGUGAAAAGUUUUGUCAAUGCAGCUCUGAUUGCCAGAAUCGUUUUCCAGGAUGUCGAUGUAAAGCACAGUGUAAUACAAAGCAAUGCCCUUGUUAUUUGGCUGUGCGUGAAUGUGAUCCCGAUCUUUGUCAAACAUGUGGUGCUGAUCAGUUUAAUUUAACUAGGAUUACAUGUAAAAAUGUUAGUGUGCAGAGGGGAUUACAUAAACAUUUACUAAUGGCACCAUCAGAUGUAGCCGGCUGGGGAAUUUUCUUGAAAGAAAGUGCUCAAAAGAAUGAGUUUAUCUCUGAGUACUGUGGUGAAAUAAUUUCUCAAGAUGAGGCUGACCGUAGAGGAAAAGUUUAUGAUAAAUAUAUGUGCAGUUUCUUAUUUAAUUUAAAUAAUGAUUUUGUGGUAGAUGCUACAAGAAAAGGAAACAAAAUAAGAUUUGCAAAUCAUUCUAUAAACCCUAAUUGCUAUGCAAAGGUAAUGAUGGUCAAUGGUGAUCAUCGUAUUGGGAUAUUUGCUAAACGAGCAAUUCAACCUGGUGAAGAAUUAUUUUUUGACUAUAGAUAUGGACCAACAGAACAGCUUAAAUUUGUGGGUAUUGAAAGAGAAAUGGAGUUUCUUUAAAUUCCAUUUAGUAUUAUUUCAUGAAGCAGACAAUACUUUUUAUCAUAUAUUUUGCUCAGCUGGUGGUAAGUUUAGAUGUAUUUUUUUACAUUUCUUAUAUUAAGAUAAAAAAUUGCUAAUAUUUAUUUAAUUUUAAAAGUAAUCUUAUUAAUAUAAAA